AUGGCUCCCAAUUUAGAGCCCGUUGACAUUCCAACCUUUGCCACCACUCAACUCGCCCUUCUAGACCAAGAGCUUCAGACCGAGAUCAAUGAAACCAGCUCUCUCAUCUCCAACCACAGUCCCACAGCUCUACAGCGCGCUGGUCUCGCUCUGACAAACCUCGUCGUCUCGGGGCAGCGGACUGGCCUUGGUGGCCGGACUGUUCUCGAGCUGUCUCCUGACGCUGCCACAGGUUCAGCUGACGAAUUGCCUGAGCAUGGCCUACGUACAGGAGACAUCGUCCUUGUCGCUGAACAGCCUGCUGGAAGCGCCAAGAAGCGAGAGGUAAAAGACUUGGAAAAGAAGGGUGCUAGGGGUGUGGUGACAAAGGUGAGCAGAGGAUGGGUUGCUGUUGCCAUCGACGAGGGAAAGGAGGAAGUUGCCUUCACGGGGAGGGUUUGGGCGGUCAAAUUGGCAGACGAGGUAACAUAUAAAAGAAUGAAUUGGACAAUGGAGAAGCUGAACAAAAUGAAUGAGUCGGAAUAUUCAAGCUUCAUCAGAGUACUCUUCGGCUUGUCAAGUCCAUCGCCAGUCGCUGCAGAUUUAACACAGGAUGAGAACGUGGGGAAUCUUACAUGGUUUGAUCCCACGCUCAACGAUUCUCAAAAGGAUGCAAUUCGAUUCGCAUUGGCCUCACGAGAAGUUGCCUUGAUUCAUGGACCACCAGGAACCGGCAAAACUCACACUCUUAUCGAAUUGAUUCUUCAGAUGAUCAAGUUGGAACAGAGAAUUCUCGUCUGUGGCCCUUCUAACAUCUCAGUUGACAACAUUGUCGAGAGAUUGGCUCCUCACAAGAUCCCAAUCCUUCGUCUAGGCCAUCCCGCUCGUUUACUUCCUUCUGUUGUAGACCAUUCACUCGAUGUACUUACACAAACGUCAGAAGCCGGUGGCAUCGUAAAAGACAUACGUUCCGAGAUGGACACGAAACAGGCCUCGAUCAAGAAGACAAAGAGCGGCAAGGAACGCAAGGCCAUAUACACAGAUCUCAAGGAGCUACGAAAAGAGUUUCGCGAGCGAGAACGUCGGUGUGUUAGUACCCUCAUUGGCGGUAGCAAGGUCGUUCUCGCGACACUACAUGGAGCAGGAGGCUACCAGUUGCGAAACGAAGAAUUCGAUGUUGUUAUCAUCGAUGAGGCCAGCCAAGCUCUCGAAGCUCAAUGCUGGGUUCCUCUCGUAUCUGCCAAAAAGGUUGUAUGUGCUGGUGACCAUCUGCAGCUCCCUCCAACUAUCAAAUCGAGCAAUACCAAGGUUAAGGCGCCAGUGAAAGAUGGAGUCCAAAUCAAAAAGGGUGCCACACUUGAAGUUACUCUGUUUGACAGACUACUGGCAUUGCAUGGGUCUUCCAUCAAACGCAUGUUGACCACCCAGUACCGAAUGCAUGAGAGCAUUAUGCGCUUUCCUUCUGAUGAACUCUACGACUCUAAGCUUAUUGCUGCCGAUGCAGUGAAACACCGUCUCCUCAAGGAUCUUGAUUAUGAGGUCGAAGAUAAUGAAGAUACCAAUGAGCCUGUCAUUUUCAUCGACACACAGGGGGGAGACUUCCCUGAGAAGAACGAGGAAGACGACAAGGACACUCCCAAGAAGGGUAAAGCAAGCUUGCACGGCGACAGUAAGAGCAACGAAAUGGAGGCGGCUCUUGUACAACAACACGUGAAGCAACUCGUGGGUGCCGGGGUCCGUCCGGAAGACAUAGCUGUUGUGACGCCUUACAAUGCUCAGCUUGCCGUCUUGGCUCCGCUGAAGGACAAGUUCCCUGGCAUCGAGCUCGGCAGCGUCGAUGGUUUUCAAGGCCGCGAAAAAGAGGCGGUGAUUGUGAGCCUUGUUAGAAGCAAUUCUGAGGGCGAAGUCGGAUUUCUUGGCGAGAAACGACGUCUCAACGUUGCAAUGACACGUCCCAAGCGAUCUUUGACAGUUAUCGGAGACUCGGAGACCGUCCAGAAAGGAAGCAGCUUCUUGAAGAAAUGGAUGCAAUACCUCGAAGACAACGCUGACUUGCGAUACCCCGAUGCGUCCAACUUGACACAUGAUUAG